CCUGGGGGAGCCCCCCUAUAGAGCCCCCUAUAGACCUCCCCUAGAGCGCCCCCGCCCCCUAUAGACCCCCCGGCCCAUAGAGCCCCCUUCCCGAGAGCGAUCCCCUGCCUGUGUAGGACCCUAUCGAUAUUUAUUCCCCCCCCCCCGCGCCUGUAGAGUCUCACUCCCCUAUUUCCCCUGGUCCCCCCCAUUUAACCCCGGUCCCUGUCAGGCUCCUGCCCCCCCGUAGGAUCCAUACCCUGAGAGGGGGGAGGCUCCUGCACCCUCCAAAAGGACUCCCCACCUCCCACAGGAUCCACAUCUGGGGGGAAGGGGGGCUGGACACCUCCAAGCCCCCCACCCCCUGUAGGGUGCAUAGACCCCCGUGAAGGGGGGAGGGGGCUGAGGAGCCCCUACAGACUCCGCUUCCCCCCAUAAACAGCAGCAGUGAGGGGAGCUGGGUUUAGACCCCAUAGGACCCCCCCAUCCCUAUAGAGUCAAGCACGUGCCCCCCUGUGUGGGGUUGGAGGAGGCCGCUGGGGGUGCUGCCCCCCACCUCAAUACUCUGGAGCUGGAGCCACAAGGGAGAAAGCGCCGCCAACUGCUGGAGGGGAGCGGGGCGCCAGGGCAGCCCCCCCGCCACGGCCAUGCCGUCCAACGCCCGGGCCGGCAGCCUCAAGGACCCCGAGGUGGCCGAGCUCUUCUUCAAGGACGACCCCGAGAAGCUGUUUGUGGAUCUGCGGGAGAUCGGCCAUGGCAGCUUUGGGGCCGUCUACUUCGCACGUGACAUGCGCAACAAUGAGGUGGUGGCCAUCAAGAAGAUGUCGUACAGCGGGAAGCAAUCCAAUGAGAAAUGGCAGGACAUCAUUAAGGAGGUGAAGUUCCUGCAGAAGCUGCGACACCCCAACACCAUCGAGUACAAGGGCUGCUACCUGCGGGAGCACACGGCCUGGCUGGUGAUGGAGUACUGCCUGGGCUCCGCCUCUGACCUGCUGGAGGUGCACAAGAAGCCGCUGCAGGAGGUGGAGAUCGCGGCCAUCACGCACGGGGCGCUGCAGGGGCUGGCGUACCUGCACUGCCACAACAUGAUCCACAGGUACCCCCUGUCCUCCCCCCGCCCGGGAGCUCACCCCACCAACUCCUUCAUGGGCACGCCGUACCGGAUGGCCCCUGAGGUGAUCCUGGCCAUGGACGAGGGGCAGUACGACGGGAAGGUGGACGUCUGGUCGCUCGGCAUCACCUGCAUUGAGCUGGCGGAGCGCAAGCCUCCCCUCUUCAACAUGAAUGCAAUGAGUGCCUUAUACCACAUCGCCCAGAACGAGUCCCCCGUGCUGCAGUCCAGCCACUGGUCCGAAUAUUUCCGGAACUUCGUGGACUCCUGCCUGCAGAAAAUCCCCCAAGACCGGCCCACCUCGGACGUGCUGCUCAAGCACCGGUUCCUCCUGCGGGAGCGGCCCCAGACGGUGAUCAUGGACCUGAUCCAGCGCACCAAGGACGCCGUGCGGGAGCUGGACAACCUGCAGUACCGCAAGAUGAAGAAAAUCCUCUUCCAGGAGGCGCAGAACGGCCCCAACGCCGAGGCGCCCGACGAGGAGGAGGAGGUGGAGCAGUUCGGGCACCGGACGGGCACCGUUAACAGCAUGGAGAGCAGCCACUCGGUGCCCAGCAUGUCCAUCAGCGCCAGUAGUCAGAGCAGCAGCGUCAACAGUCUGGCGGACGCCUCCGACGAGGACGAGGGAGCCGAGAUCGCCAUGAUGCAGGAGGGGGAGCACACGGUCACUUCCAACAGCUCCGUCAUCCACCGCCUGCCGGGCCACGAUAACCUGUACGACGACCCGUACCAGCCGGAGAUGGAGCCCCAGAGCUCCUCGUCGGCUGCCCGGCGCCGUGCGUACUGCCGCAACCGGGACCAUUUCGCCACCAUCCGCACGGCCUCACUGGUAAGGGGCAGGAGUGGGCUGAGAGGGGCAGCUUCGCGUGGGGGCCUGUCUGGCCGCGGGGCUUGGGGCGGGGCGGCUGGGCCGGGCGUGACGCUGAUGCUGACCCCGGCCCCGCAGGACCUGAACAAGAAGCAGACGCAGAAGGACCUGGAGUGCGCCAUGCUGCUGCGGCAGCACGAGUCGACGCAGGAGCUGGAGUUCCGGCACCUGCACACGGUGCAGCGCACCCGCACCGAGCUCACCCGCCUGCAGCACCAGACCGAGCUCAGCAACCAGCUGGAGUACAACAAGCGCCGCGAGCAGGAGCUGCGCCAGAAGCACGCCAUGGAGGUCCGCCAGCAGCCCAAGAGCCUCAAAUCCAAGGAGCUGCAGAUCAAGAAGCAGUUCCAGGACACGUGUAAGAUCCAGACGCGGCAGUACAAGGCCCUGCGCAACCACCUGCUGGAGACCACGGCCAAGAGCGAGCACAAGGGCAUCCUCAAGCGCCUCAAGGACGAGCAGACGCGCAAGCUGGCCAUCCUGGCGGAGCAGUACGACCACAGCAUCAACGAGAUGCUCUCCACGCAGGCCCUGCGGCUGGACGAGACGCAGGAGGCCGAGUACCAGGUGCUGCGGAUGCAGCUGCAGCAGGAGCUGGAACUGCUCAACGCCUACCAGAGCAAGAUCAAGAUCCACACGGAGGCGCAGCACGAGCGGGAGAUCAAGGAGCUGGAGCAGCGCGUGUCCAUCCGCCGGGCCCUGUUGGAGCAGAGGAUCGAGGAGGAGAUGCUAGCGCUGCAGAACGAGCGCUCGGAGCGGAUCCGCAGCCUGCUGGAACGGCAGGCCCGGGAGAUCGAGGCCUUCGACUCGGAGAGCAUGCGGCUCGGCUUCAGCAACAUGGCGCUGACGGGCAUCCCCGCCGAGGCCUUCAGCCAGGGCUACGCCGCGCCCCCCCAGCCCUGGCCCUCCCGCCCUGUGCCCCGCAGCGGCUCCCACUGGAGCCACGGCGUGCAGAACACCGCCGGCGCCCCCCACGCCUGGCGCCAGCCGCCCCUGCUGGCCCCGCCCCCUUCCGCCUGGCUCCACCCCCCCUCCGCCGCCGCCUCCUCGCCCGCCUCUGCCGGGGGCCGGGCCAACGUGGUCAUGCUGCGGAACAGCCCUCAGCCGCUGCGGCGCACAGCCUCCGGUGGCCAGGCUGAGCCGGGCAUCAGCCGCUCAGCCAGCGUCACCUCGCACAUCCUCAACGGCUCGCACUACUCCUACUCCUGAGCCGGCCCCCCGCUCGGCUCGGCCUGCCAUGGGGCCCGCACCCUGCGAGCCGCCCUCAACCCCCAGCACUGCCCGGGCUGCGGGGAAAGGCUGCCCCGAGCUCUCUCCUCGGGCCCCAUGGAGAGACGCUCCCCACCGGCAUUCCU